UCGUCUAACCCUGUCAAACCAACUAACCCACUUUCUCUCUAUCUCUCCCUCUCUCUCUCUCACACACACACAGAGUGUGUGAAAGCGGUUAACCGGCUCAACCAUCCCACCGCCUUUGAUUCUCAUUCACGCCAAUUCUUUCUAUCAAUUAUUCACAGAUUCAGAUCUAAACGGACCUGAUUCAAGGCAGCCGUGUGUUUCCGAUAUGACUUCUCGGAUAUCAUCAUCACGAUCACGAGGCACGCCGGUAAGUAGCACCAAUUCCGCCGGACCUAGGCUCGAAGAGAAUCUCAAUAUCUUCAAAUCCGAUAAAUUUGACGCCGAUGGAUUUGUUCACUCCAAGUGUACUACCUUGAAUGAAAAGGAGAUAAGACACUUAUGUUCAUAUCUUUUGGAUCUGAAGAAAGCUUCUGCAGAGGAAAUGCGAAGGAGUGUAUAUGCUAAUUAUACUGCAUUUAUACGCACAUCAAAAGAGAUAUCAGAUUUAGAAGGCGAGCUGCUAUCCAUAAGAAAUUUGUUAUCUACUCAAGCUACCAUAAUCCAUGGUUUAGCUGACGGUGUUCACGUGGAAUCUUUGUCAAUCGCUGUUCCGGGUGGUUCAUUUUCAAAUGGUUUAUCUGCUGAUGUGGACAGAGAUCCUUCAGACCUAGAGAAUUGGUUAAUUGAGUUACCUGAUAUCCUUGAUGUGUUGUUAGCUGAAAGGAGAGUAGAGGAAGCUUUGGAUACCCUUGAUGAAGGGGAUCGUAUAGCUUCAGAAGCAAAAGAAAAAGAUUCACUGAGUCCCGCCAUUUUAGCAUCUCUGCAAACUGCCAUAACAGAAUGUCGGCAGAGAUUAGCCAAUCAGCUUGCUGAUGCUGCUUCUCAACCCACCACACGUGGCAGUGAGCUACGAGCUGCUAUUAGUGCUCUUAAAAAACUUGGAGAUGGCCCACGGGCCCAUAGCCUACUGCUUCAAGCACAUUAUCAGAGGCUUCAAAGUAACAUGCAAAAUCUCCGUCCUUCGAGUACAUCAUAUGGGGGAGCAUAUACAGCAGCUAUUUCUCAACUGGUGUUUUCUUUAAUUGCUCAAACCGCGACUGAUUCUAAUGCUAUUUUUGGAAAGGAGCCAUCGUAUAGCUCCGAGCUUGUGAUGUGGGCUACAAAACAAACUGAAGAGUUUGCUCUUCUUGUUAAAAGACAUGCAUUGGCUUCAUCUGCUGCUGCUGGUGGGUUAAGAGCUGCGGCUGAAUGUGUUCAAAUAGCUUUGGGACAUUGCUCUUUGUUGGAAGCUCGUGGUUUAGCACUUUGUCCUGUGCUCUUGAAACUUUUUAGGCCUAGUGUUGAACAGGCACUGGAUGCCAAUUUAAAACGAAUUGAAGAGAGCACAGCUGCAUUAGCUGCAGCCGAUGAUUGGGAUCUUUCUUCUUCCCCAACUGUCACACGUCUAUCUGGAAGGCCUUCAAGCACAUCCCUUAACACAAUAUCUAAUCAGCAUAAGCUUUCAAGUAGUGCUCAAAGAUUCAACUUGAUGGUCCAGGAUUUCUUCGAGGAUGUAGAGCCAUUGUUAAGCAUGCAGUUGGGGGGUAAAAUGUUGGAGGGAUUAUUCCAUGUCUUCAGUUCUUAUGUUAGCAUGCUCAUAAGAGCACUACCGGGCUCCAUGGAAGAAGAAGCAAGCUAUGAAGGAUCUGGGAACAAAAUAGUUAAGAUGGCUGAGACAGAAGCCCAGCAAAUGGCAUUGCUUGCAAAUGCAUCCUUGUUAGCUGAUGACUUAUUACCUCGUGCAGCUAUGAAACUUACACCUACAGCUCAAGCUAUUUACAAGGAUGACCCUCGAAGAAGACCUUCAGAUCAAAGAAAUCAAAAUACGGAAAAAAAGGAAUGGAAGAGGCGUCUAGCAAGCAUUGUGGAUAGAUUGAAAGAUAGCUUCUGUAGACAACAUGCUCUUGAUCUCAUUUUCACAGAGGAUGGCGAUAGCCAUCUAAAUGCUGACAUGUACAUAAACAUGGAUGGAAUCAUUGAGGAAAUAGAAUGGUUCCCUUCUCCAAUAUUUCAGGAACUCUAUGCAAAACUCUACAGGAUGUCUGAUAUAGCAGCAGAAAUGUUUGUUGGUAGGGAACGUUUUUCAACAAUGUUAUUAAUGAGGCUUACAGAAACUGUUAUUCUAUGGCUUUCAGAAGACCAAACAUUUUGGGAUGAUAUUGAAGAAGGACCAAACCCUUUAGGUCCUCUUGGAUUGCAGCAGUUUUAUUUGGAUAUGAAAUUUGUCAUCUUCUUUGCUUCCCGAGGGCGUUACUUAUCCCGAAAUUUAAACCGAGUAGUAAACGAGAUCAUAAAUAAAGCACUUGCCGCUUUCUCUGCAACGGGAGUAGAUCCAUACAGUGUACUUCCUGAGGAUGAGUGGUUUACUGAGAUAUGUAAAGAAGCAAUGGAUAGGUUGAGCGGGAUGCCACGACUAGCCAAUGGGGAACGAGAUUUAAGCAGCCCAACUGCUUCUGUUUCAGCACAAUCGAUAUCAUCCAUGAGAUCUCAUGGCAGUUCGUAAAAAGAUUGAUUCCCCUCUUUGUAUAUCUAGGAUCUGCUACUUUUAUUUUGUAAUUGUAGAAUUAUAGCUUUCAUUUUAGGGUAUCUCAUUCCAUGUUUUGCUUUUGUUCCUCUAAUUAUCAUUGUGCUAGAUAUCGGGUAGUUUGGUUUUCACGUCACCUCAGAACCUUAGGAAUUCUUUGUGUUCUCCACUGAGAGAGCAUCUAAGCAUGUAAAUCUCUCUUUUUUGAUAUUUUAUCUUUUGGAGUGCAAAUUUAUUUCUUGUGUGGGCGAGGUGACUUACACUUGUAGAUUGAUAAAUACAUCUUCCUUUGAAGUCAA